AUGAGCCAAUCUAAUCAUGGCGCACCGUCUGUGCCAACUGCCGCACAAAAAUGCCACCUUAUUGGCGGCAACAUUGAUACUGGUUACAAAAGGGUUACCCUUGCAGAGCUACGAGAGGUCUUAGGCAUGCAAGAGAAGCCACUAGAGUUUGAGGGGAUCAAGAAGGAUCUUCGUCGAAUGGCAGAGAAAAAUCUAAAAAUUGAACACGUUGGGGUGGUUCAGACAGGCGCUAUCACCGCGAUAUUAAACGAGUUAAAGGAGAAGCGCCCUUCUUUAUACGGAUCUGGAGACCAGGAGAAGAAACUCCAUUGUGUGCGGGGCGCCCUCCUUGCUUUCCAUGGGCAACGAAGAAGAAGGGCCAAGAGUGCUAUGGUCAAACAUCCAGUUCCAUUACUCCCCAGGCAGGAAAUUCAAAAGAAAGUGGAGGUGAUUGACCUGACCCUUGACAGUGACUCUGAACCGGAGGAGAAAAACGACUGCGAAUCAGAAGACGAAGUGGACGAACUCGAAACAAGCCCUGGACCUUCACUUACAGUGGCCGAGGAGUCUGAAAUGAAGCCGACGCUCGCCGAACUGCAGUCCGCCGAGCAAAAGCGACACCUGACGUCAAAAGAUAUUGCACUUCCGCUUCGAGUUCCAGAGGGAACUGAUCCUGUAGCCAAGUUCCUUAGCUCCUGCAUGCCGUCAAUGGCGCAUCUACUUCCCAUAUUCCGCGAAAUUGGGUGCACCAGCGAAGAGCACCUCCAGGCGAUAUCUCGAUGGCACCAGGAUCGGAUCUAUGCUUUCCUCAAGAGAAACUCGCGCGCCUCGGAACGUGGAAAUUCAAUGACGGAGGUGGAGGUGGCGAUACUGGAGAAUCACUUUAUCGAGUAUUUCAAAAAGUGA